UCUGUAGACAAAAGAAGUGGUUUCCGAUCAGCCCGAUUGUAUGUUUUAAACGCCACUCCGAUGGAGCGAUUGGUAUCGAUUGCUUUUGCCUGAUAUAUGAUUUUUGUUGUGUUUUCUUCGGAAAACGCACUAUGGAUAUACACAUAUUGACUCAGACUUUGUCCCUGCAGUGAUUAGUUGUUACCAAAGCUGUUGCCACACUGAUGUUUUUAUAAACAGUGAUUUUGUGCAGUGUGGGACUUUAUAGAAAUAAACCCAGCAGUCAUUCUGCUGAGCUGGAAGCCACCCUCAGUGCAGUGCAGUACAGAGGGCUUUCUCUGGCAGGCCUGCUGCUCUGACACCUCUCAACUCUUCAUUUACAUUCUUUAUAGUAUUGUUUGUGUUUGUAUUUUUUUAAAUCGUUGUAGAAGUGGCUGGAGAUGGAUACGGACAAGUUUAACUAUGUUUACAGUUGUGACCUGGACAUAAAUGUCCAACUGAAAAUAGGUAGUUUGGAAGGCAAGCGGGAGCAGAAAAGCUACAAGGCUCUGCUUGAAGACCCGAUGCUGCGAUUCUCUGGCCUUUACCAGGAGAACUGCUCAGACCUGUAUGUUACCUGCCAGGUGUUUGCAGAGGGGAAGCCACUAGCGCUGCCUGUUCGUACGUCCUAUAAAGCCUUCAGUACCCGCUGGAACUGGAACGAGUGGUUGAGAUUGCCAGUAAAGUAUCCUGACCUGCCACAAAAUGCUCAGGUAGCUCUGACUGUGUGGGACGUUUAUGGGCCAGGACGUGCCACUCCUGUAGGGGGCACCACAGUCACCCUUUUUGGGAAAUACGGAAUGUUCCGGCAGGGCAUGCAUGAUCUGAAGGUGUGGCCGGGGGUGGAGGGUGAUGGUGGGGAGUCCACAUCGACACCGGGCAGGACCAGCAGCACUCUGUCUGAGGAUCAGAUGGGCAGGCUGGCUAAGGGUCCUGACCUGGAGCUACUUAGUGAUUUGACGAAGGCUCAUCGUCAGGGGCACAUGGUGAAGGUGGACUGGCUGGACCGGUUGACCUUCAGAGAGAUUGAGAUGAUCAAUGAGAGUGAGAAACGUAGUUCCAACUUCAUGUACCUUAUGGUGGAAUUCCCUCGAGUCAAGAGUGGAGACAGAGAAUACAGCAUAGUUUACUAUGAAAAGGAUGGAGAUGAAGCGUCCACUCUACUGACCAGUUCAGACAUAGUUAAAGUCCCUGAUCCUCAAAUGUGCAUGGAGAAUCUGGUGGAGAGCAAACACCACAAAUUGGCUCGGAGUCUGCGGAGUGGACCAUCUGACCAUGACCUGAAGCCCAAUGCUGCCACCAGAGACCAGCUCAACAUCAUCGUCAGUUAUCCUCCCACCAAGCAGCUGACCUCUGAGGAGCAGGACCUGGUGUGGAAGUUCAGAUAUUACCUCACCACUCAGGAGAAGGCCCUGACUAAGUUCCUGAAGUGUGUGAACUGGGCGUUGCCACAGGAGGCAAAGCAGGCACUGGAGCUGCUGGGGAAGUGGAGACCCAUGGAUGUGGAGGACUCACUAGAGCUGCUCUCGUCUCAAUUCACCAACCCCACAGUCAGACGCUAUGCUGUGGCCCGUCUGCAGCAGGCUGAUGACGAGGAUUUGUUGAUGUACUUGCUGCAGCUGGUUCAGGCUCUGAAGUAUGAGAAUUUCAAUGAUAUCCAGGGUGGUCUGGAUCCUGGCAGUAAGCGGGACAGCCAGGGCCUGUGCGAGAGCACCACACUGGGUGAUUUGGACAGCUCCCAGAUAACCUCGGCUGCUAUAGCAACCACCAGCACACAGAAAGGCAAAGACGGGGCAGAUGGAGAAAAUCUGGAGCAAGACCUGUGUACUUUCCUCAUAUCGCGUGCCUGCAAGAACUCGACACUAGCCAACUACUUGUACUGGUAUGUAAUAGUGGAGUGUGAGGACCAGGACACACAGCAGAGAGACCCAAAGACUCACGACAUGUAUCUGAAUGUAAUGAGGCGAUUCAGCCAAGCUCUGCUCAAGGGUGAUAAGAAUGUGAGAGUGAUGCGCUCUCUGCUCGCAGCACAGCAGACAUUUGUAGACAGACUCGUGCAGCUUAUGAAGGCUGUUCAGAGAGAGAGCGGCAAUCGCAAGAAAAAGACGGAGAGGCUGCAGGCUCUGUUGGCUGAUAAUGAGAAGGUGAGUCUGUGUGAGAUCGAUCCCAUCCCUCUCCCUCUGGAGCCCCAGGUGCGCAUCAGAGGCAUUGUACCAGACACUGCCACGCUAUUCAAGAGUGCUCUGAUGCCAGCUAAGCUGAUCUUUAAGACUGAAGAUAACGAGCUUUAUCCUGUGAUCUUUAAACAUGGUGAUGACCUGCGACAAGAUCAACUCAUCCUACAGAUCAUCUCACUGAUGGACAAGCUGCUAAGGAAAGAAAAUUUGGACCUAAAGCUGAUGCCAUAUAAAGUGCUGGCCACCAGCACCAAACAUGGUUUUAUGCAGUUUGUACAAUCAGUUCCUGUGGCAGAAGUUCUGGCAACUGAAGGCAAUAUUCAGAGUUUCUUUAGGAAACAUGCCCCUAGUGAAAAAGGACCUUACGGCAUCAGCUCUGAGGUGAUGGACACCUACGUGAAGAGCUGUGCUGGCUACUGCGUCAUCACCUAUAUCCUCGGAGUUGGGGACAGACACCUGGACAACCUGCUUCUCACCAAGACUGGAAAGUUGUUCCAUAUUGAUUUUGGCUACAUUCUGGGGCGGGACCCCAAACCACUGCCUCCUCCGAUGAAGCUGAGCAAGGAGAUGGUAGAGGGCAUGGGGGGCAUGCAGAGUGAACAGUACCAGGAGCUUAGGAAACAUUGUUACACAGCCUUCCUGCACUUGCGCAGAUAUUCAAACCUCAUUUUAAACCUGUUCUCCCUCAUGGUGGAUGCCAAUAUUCCUGACAUCGCACUUGAACCUGAUAAAACAGUUAAAAAGGUGCAGGAUAAGUUCAGAUUGGACCUGUCAGAUGAGGAGGCGGUGCACUACAUGCAGAGUCUUAUAGAUGAGAGUGUGGGAGCUCUGUUUGCCGCCGUGGUGGAACAAAUACACAAAUUUGCCCAGUACUGGCGAAGGUGAGGAGACACAUUGGUGCCUGAAACGUGUAGCUGGACAGACCCUGCCACAGUAAUUAAAGCAAGAUAGAACAAAUGAAAGUGGAGGAGAGGCAAGACAGAGGGGUGCCAAGAGUGUGUGUGCGGCGUCAUCUUGAGAUACUUAUAUAAGGAAAUAACUCACAAUUGGGUGUGCUGCUAUAGGAAAAUAAUCAGCGACAGAGUGAUGAGAAGCUGAGUUAGUAUCCCCCCCUUCCCGAAGUUGAUUAUUUUCCUAUAACAGCAUGUUCCAAAGUAUUUUAGUCCUCUUAUACCACAGCAAUUUGCCAGUGAUGUUUAAUAAACAUUUGUAGUUAAUGUUGUUGUACAUCUAUGAAACAAGUUAGUUCCUGUUAUUACUUACAUUAUAGCAGCUAUAAGCAGUCGUUCCCUAACCAGUCUCUCUUUUUCUCUCUCCUCUAAAGAAACAAUAAUGCAUCAGAACAAGCGCAUUCAUAUAAAUCUGUGAUUUCAUAUACGGAUGGAACUACUAUCAGAGCUGCUGUUAGAAAAUUUAACAACACUGUGGUAUAACUGCAGUUCAUUUAAUGCAAAUGGAAGGAUAGUAAGUUUAUAGCUAAGUUAUAUAUGCUUGUUAUAUAUGAUUGUUAUAUAUGAUUGUUCUGUACAAUGAACUAAAACAGUGAACAUUUAAUAUAAAAUGAUUUGAGUGACAUGUCUACAGUUUAUGAAUAAGAACCAUCAAAUAUUUCACAAAAUUGGUAGAGCUGUUGCUGCACUUAAAAAAAAUGCUUUAUUAUAAUAAAGAUAUGGACCUCAUAUAAGCUACAGAGCAGUUUCUGAUCAGCUUAUCCUCUUAGUCUCUUCGUCCUCUGCAACAUGUUUGAAUCAGACGCUGUAUGUGUCUUUGAGCUGGCACUGAAUCACAGUGAGUCAGUCUACUGGCAGAAAGAAUAUUCAGAAGCAUGUACAUAUUGUUAAAGGUGAAAAAUAUAUAUUUUUUAAAAAUUAUAUAAAAUAAUGAACAUCCAACUGUUCAUGAUUUUGCUCACACCUGUAUCAGAUAUUUGGCAUUCUUGAUUUUAUUAAUGUUUAAUAUUUUAUAUAUUUCUUAUUUAACAUUAUAUUAUUAUAUUAUUCAGAGGGUUUUCUCACUCAUGUUCACCCUUUUUGCCAUCAGUCUCUAGCUCUUACUCGCUUGCUCUUGUUUUUCAGCAUGUGUGUUUCAGGGUUGUGGGUUGUGGCUUUAUUAAAGCAGCACAUAUUUUUCCUGUCA